UGAGAACACACACUGAUGGAGCACUUACAGUAUUCUUCAGAUGUGAAGAGCAGGACUGUUCGGUUCAUGAAUUUGAGAAGUGCAGGAACUCUGAGUGACACAAGCUCUUUAGAUGAGACCACUUAUGAAAAACUGGCUGAAGAAACACUGGACUCCUUAGCAGAUUUCUUUGAGGACCUGACAGAUAAGCCUUUUACUCCAGAAGAUUAUGAUGUCUCUUUAGGGAGUGGAGUACUAACAGUUAAAUUAGGUGGUGACAUGGGAACAUAUGUUAUCAAUAAGCAAACACCAAACCGUCAGAUUUGGCUGUCCUCACCCACUAGUGGGCCCAAGCGCUAUGACUGGACUGGACGGAAUUGGGUGUAUUCUCAUGACCGAGUAUCCCUUCAUGAACUACUAUCAAAAGAAUUUUCAACAGCAUUAAAAACUAAAUUGGAUUUAUCCUGUUUAAUAUAUUCUGGGAAAGAAGAUACUUGAUGACAUUCUACCUCAUGGAAGUUUAAAGACUAUAACAUCAAGCAAAGCCCUUUCUUGGUUUCUCAAGUACAAGAGCUUAAUUUUGUUGGGUUUUUUGGCAUCAGUAUGUUGUGCAACAAAAAUGAAAAUAAUAUAUUUUUGGUCUAGUGUUCAGUCUUUCAGUUUCUGUACUGCUGUUUGAAUAUGUGUCCAUGUAGUACAGGUGGUUGAGGUCACCCUUCCUUGUCACUUCAUUCCUUGCUUUCUCUUUGCAGAAGUAAGUCAUAAAUUCUUACUGUCUGUAGUCUUGUUUGGAUAUACGGACUGACCCACCUGGUGACUUCCAACCAGCACACAAACACUAAACUUCUUUUGGUGAAACAUUCACCAAAACCAAGAAAUGCCUGUAAGUUGCAUUGGCAUAAGUUGUGGUACUGUGAAUGCAUUGCAUUAAAAUUUGUGUCUAUUUCAAGUAA